CAAGGUUGGUCAGGUUGAAGUAGAAGCAAAUAAACAAGAUUUUAAUACCAACAGGAAGGAUGUUUCCAUUUUGAGAACCAGUAUGGAUUACAAGAUGAACCCGAAGAGUAAUGGUUCCACGAAUUUGUAUAGGUUUUUAUUCUAUGAAUUAGCAGAUCCAAGAACAAACUCAUGGUUUCUCAUUAGUGAUCCAGGACCUCCAUUGGCAAUUUUGUCCAUGUAUUUAUAUUUCGUUUUGAAUUGGGGCCCCCGAUUGAUGAAAAAUAGACAACCAUAUGAAUUGAAGACGGUUCUUGUAGUAUACAAUUUCCUCCAGGUAUUAUUAAGCACAUGGCUAGUUGUGGAGGGUCUAGAUAUAUUGAACACAAUCAAAUUCAGCUGGGUAUGUCAACCUGUAGAUUUUUCCAAUUCGCCAAUUGCUUUGCGGAUCAUCAGAGGUGUCUACAUCUAUUUUUUGGCCAAAAUGACAGAACUUCUCGACACGGUAUUCUUCGUUUUACGCAAAAAAGACAGACAAAUAACGUUCCUCCACGUAUACCACCACACAGCCAUGCCGAUGAUAAGCUGGGGUGCCACAAAGUACUUCCCAGGGGGCCAUGGAGCCAUAGUCGGCCUAAUCAAUUCCUUCGUUCACAUCGUCAUGUAUUCGUAUUACAUGAUGGCUGCUAUGGGUCCUCGAUACCAAAGGUUCUUGUGGUGGAAAAAAUAUAUUACAACUCUACAAAUGGCUCAAUUCGGUUUAGCCUUUCUUCACAACAGCCAACUACUUUUCGUGGAUUGUGGAUAUCCUAGAUGGUCUGUGGUAUUCACUUUACCAAAUGCAAUCUUCUUCUAUGUCCUCUUCUCGGAUUUUUACCAGAAAAACUACAGUGGUGAGAAGAAAAUUCGUUAUGGUGAAAAAAUGGAGCAUGCUUCGGCUGAGAAAUGCUCAUAUUCAGAAGUGAAAGAAGCCACUAGUGGAUAUUCUACAGGUGGACUUGGAAUAUCUGAUAAAAAGAUGUUAUGAAAUAUUACUAGCUGGUUCUACAAUUAUUUAAUCGUGUAUUGAAUAGGUAGGAUCGAGAGAGAACAUUUGAUUCAUUGAUUUCCAGUUUCACAAUAGAAAAUAGCUUUAUACAAGAUGAUUCAAUUUGUUUCCGAAAAAUGAUAUGAAUGAUAUCCUAGUAGUAGGGAGACAAAUGACGAGUACAUAGUUUAUGUUUGAUCGUUUACAUCAUACAGUAUGCUGAGGGACUGUAUGAAUCUACAGGGAGAUUUUUUUCAUAAAAUCUGUUGGUACACCAGUGGUACAUUCUGGAAUAUGUAAUAUAAUUUUUUCUAUCUGUUUGUG